UCCUUAUCACUCUCCUUCCCACCCGCAAUAAGUUGCUGAGCCUUUCAAUGGCACUGAAUGGUGGUUCCUCAGGAAGAUCGAAAUGGAAGUAUCAUAUUUUCUUGAGUUUUAGAGGAGAAGACACCCGCCUAGGUUUCACUGACCACUUAUACACAGCCUUGCAGAAGAGAAGCAUUGAUACUUUCAGAGACAAUGAAGAGCUUCGAACAGGUGAAUUUAUCUCUCAACAGCUCCUUCAUGCAAUUGAGGAUUCUCUCUGCGCAGUUGUUGUGUUAUCCCCAAAUUAUGCCAACUCAGGAUGGUGUUUAGAUGAGCUCAAAAAGAUCGUUGAAACAAAAGGAAGUUUUGGGAUGAUUGUUCCGGUCUUCUUUAAUGUGGAUCCCUCCGAUGUACGAUACCAAAAGGGAAAGUUUGCAGAAGCUUUUGAGAAACACGAAGAAAGGUAUAGAGAACAAAAAGACAAGGUUCAGCAGUGGAGAGAUGCUUUGACAUUCGUUGCCAACUUAAGUGGCUGCACCUCUCAAGAUCGAUAUGAAUCGCAACUCAUUGAUGAAAUUGCUGAAGAAGUAUGGACUAAAGUAGAACCUCAGUUGCCAACAAAGGAUGAUGAUGAUCUCGUUGCAAUUGAAUCAAAAGUAAACGAUGUGCGUUCAUGUUUAAGCCUAGAGCCGAAAGGAGAUGUUCUCUUUCUUGGAAUUUGGGGCAUGGGCGGGUUAGGGAAAACAACUCUUGCCUCUGUUGUCUGUAAAAGAAUCAGAAGAGAAUUUGAAGAUUAUUGUAUUCUCCGAGUUGGAGAUGUUUCAAAGGAAGGAGAUCUAGUUAACUUACAAAAUCAACUUCUUUCACAUCUGAAACUAAGGAGCAGAGUAAUUGAAACUUUAGUCCAAGGAAGGGACAACAUCAGAAACCUUCUGUACAAAAAAAGGAUUCUUAUUGUCCUAGAUGAUGUGAGAACUAUAGAACAGCUAGAGAAUUUGGUAGGAAACAAGGAAUGGUUUGGUCCGGGAAGCAGAAUAGUUGUUACAACUCGGGACAAGAACCUGCUUAGUUCACAUGGUGUGUUUAAAAUCUAUGAGAUGGAAGUCUUGAACACUGAUGAAUCCCUUCAGCUCUUUCAUCAAGAAGCUUUCAAAGGAGAGCUACCAAAAGAAGAGUACUUGGAGUUGUCGAAAAGGUUUGUGAGCUAUACUGGAGGCCUUCCCUUGGCACUUAAAGUGCUAGGAUCUAAUCUUCGUAGAAGAAGCAUUGAUGAAUGGGAAGAUGCUUUAGAUGAGAUAAGAAAAGAUCCAGAUGGUGGAAUAAUGAACUUACUCAGGAUAAGUUAUGAUAUGCUGAAAGAAGGGUACAAGACCAUAUUUCUUGAUAUUGCAUGCUUUUUUAGGGGGUGGUACAGAGAUAAAGUGACAAAAAUAUUGAAAAAUUGUGGCCUAAAUCCGACAAAAGGAAUAAGUGAGCUGAUAGGAAAAUCAUUGAUUACCUGCAACAAAGGAGUUCUAGGGAUGCAUGAUUUGCUUGAAGAUAUGGGUAAACAAAUAGUUUUUCAAGAAUCUGAAAAGGAUCCUGGAAAACGCAGUCGGUUGAGCUCUCUAGAUGAUAUUGAUCAAGUAUUGGAAGAAAAUACGGGAACUGAGAACAUUGAAGGCAUGGUUUUGAAGCAGCAAUUCGAGUCAUACAAUAAAGCUGCAAAUUGGCACCCGGAAGCGUUCUCUAAGAUGCGCAACCUUAGACUUCUCAUCGUAUUAUGUGAUUUGCACCUCUCGCAUGGUUUCAAAUGUCUUCCUAGGUCUCUAAAGGUUCUUAUUUGGACAGAAUGUCCUUUGAAAGCUCUACCGCUUGACAUAGAACUACGCCGACUUGUUCACUUGCAGAUGAACAAUAGCAAGCUAGAAAAACCAUGGAAUGGAAGUCAGGUGUUCGAGGGACUGAAAGUUAUUGACUUGAGUUAUUCCAAGGAUCUGAUUCAGACUCCAGAUAUUUCUGAAGUUCCAUUACUUGAAGAGCUCUUCCUUGAUGGUUGUGUAUCGCUGGUUGAACUUCACCAAUCUGUUGGUCAGCAUCAGAAUCUUGCAAUUUUGAGCCUGAUAGGUUGUACAAAGCUUGAAACAUUACCAAAUAAAUUGGAAAUGUGUUCAUUGAAGAGGCUCUUUCUCUGUGGCUGCACAAAUAUGAAGACACUUCCUGAUUUUGGAGAGAGUAUGGGAAGUUUGUCCGUGUUGAAUUUGAUGAAGUGCUCAAAUCUUCUUUGCAUCCCAGAUAGCAUUAGUAAUUUGAAAUCACUCAAACAGCUCAACUUGUCUGGAUGCUCAAAGGUUUGCAAGGUGCCGCAUAAUAUAAAUCAAAACAAGGCUUUAGAGGAUCUUGAUCUAAGCGAAACUUCCAUAAGAGUGAUGAAUCCAUGCCUGUUUGAAUUGGAAAACCUCAAGAGGCUUUCUUUCCAUGGAUGCAGUGGACCAGUAUCCAACACCUGCGAGUUAGCAUUGUCUUUUGAGCUUGGGUUUAGCAAAGAACCAGAUCUCUUACGCUUAACCUUACCUCCUUCUUUCGCUGGGCUCUCCUCGUUAAAUAUUUUUGAUUUAGGCAAUUGCAAUCUCGAUCAUGGAUUAAUUCCCAAAAAUCUUGGUGAACUAUCAUCGUUGGAGACUUUAAUUUUAAGCGGCAAUACAGAUCUCGUUGUACCUAAAAGUGUUGCUAUGCUUCCUAACCUACGUAUUCUUGAAGCAGAAGGUUGCAAGGACUUUAUUGAUCGAUCUGUGCUUCCACGCCUGUCAGACUCUGUUGUGGAAGCUGGUUUAUUCUUAGAUCUAUGGAAGUUUUGGGAGCAAUUCAAGUCAAAUAAUGACGAGCUCUUAUGUCAGGUCAGGGAUCAUAGUUACCCCAUCACAUACUUUGAAAUUCCUCCAAAGUUUGGCAAUGAGAUACUCUUUCCAAUGGGUCCAAGGUUGUCAAAACUUGAAUCAAGUGCAUCAAUCAUAGCGGAUAUCCCUAAUGAACUUGGUGGGAAUGAAUGGUGGGGAAUAAUUGUAUUCAUUGCUUUUGAGCCUCUGGAAUCUUCAACAUCAUUUCCAACUUUGAAAUUCAGUUGGAGCUUUGAAUCAUCCCAUCCUGAAGCUGGUCCCUCCUUAUAUCUCUCUUCUGAUGCUGCAAGGACACAUUAUAGUUGCUGCCUCGUAACAAUGAUAAUGACGGACAAAUACAUUUACAUUCAGCUACAUCAUAGGCAGUAUGACAACAUAAGCGAAUCAAAGCCUUUUAGCAAACAUCGGAAGCCAGCUUUUAGCGAAAAUAGUAGGUUGCGUUUUGAUGUGCAAGGGGGGCAGCUAAAGAUGAAGGAAUGCGGGUAUGAUGUAUUAUGUAACGAAGAUUUUAAAUCUAAGAUCUUGCCUGAUUUGGAAAAUGAGAGUGAUGACGACGGCUCUAAUCACUACAACAAAAUAGCAUUUUGGCGACGGUUUUUUUAAUGCUUGGUGACGGUUUUAACUGUCACUAAAUGGUUUUGUGACGGUUAAAAAAAGCGUCACAGAUUUGAGGGUCGCCAGUUGACAUAGUGACGAUUUUGGACCACCGUUGGUAAGGAGUGUCGCUAAAUUGUUUGUGACAGUUUUUAAAAUAUAAAAUCGUCACUAAUUUGUAACACUUGUAAAGGUGUUUUUUAUACUGUAUUUCGUGACAUUUUGAAACUGUCGUUAAAUUACUAAGUCCUAUGACAGGUUUUUCUUAUAUUUUAUGACUAUUUUAAACCGUCACAAUAUUUAGCGACGAUUUGAACCGUCACUAAGUUACUUGUUCUUAUGACAGUUUUUAGGCAUAUUUAGUGACUAUUUAAACCGUCACAAUA